AUGUGCAUCGCUGGAAAGCCAAACAAGAUUCAGAUGACCGACAUCUCUAUACCGCGUACCCGCCUUUCUGCUUGGGAAAGCUUGUGGGCUCGAAUCGCACGCGUGUCAGCCCGUCGCCGCAACCAUCUCCGGUCAGACCUCCUUCCAGGAAGCAUCUCCGCACUUCGGUUUUCCACUUCCGCUUUCACCGUUCAUCGCUCCACGUCGUCUCGCUUCGUUACAGUCACAUCCGUUCUAGCGAGGGAUGACGUGGUUGCGAUAGGCGACGACAGCGGGUCGCAGGCGCAGCAGAGUCGCACGGAGUCGUUCUUGCUGGCGGUAGAAGAGGGAGAGAAGCGCGUUAAGGAGCUGGAGGGGAAAGUGGACGCGAAGCAACGCGUGCUGGAGCAACUACAGGCUGAGAUUGACAAGCUCUAUUCCGAGACGUUCUCUGGCGUGGAGAUUGCACCAGAGGCAUCACGAGCAGGCGAACCGGAAGGCAAGGAGGAAGUGGAGGACCAACAGCCUGCUUCUGCUGCUGCGGAUGACGUUCCCCUGCGCGUGUUUGAGAGCAUGGAUGAGGAGGCGUGGGGAAAUCUGGGCCGUUCAGAGCCAUCCGUGUUGAAGGCGCUGAUUGAGUCGGUGGACCGGGCAAAGUGGACAGCCUUCCAGAGGGACGUGCACAGCUUGGCGCUCAGGCGUGAUCGCACGCGGCAGGAGCUCAGGGCGCUCUUGGACCAGCUGGAAGAGGCCCGCGCUGCUGCCGCUGCUCCCAUGGAGGAGUCCUCAUCAGCGUCGGAUUCAGAGGCGGAGGGCCCAGCGGCAGUGAUCCCUGGGCUGGGCGCGAAGGUGGAUCGCAAGGUGGCGAGCAUAGUGCUGGUGGCGGGCUUUGAGUCGUUUAAUGUGGCGCUCUAUAAGCAGGCUGCGGCUCAGCUGCGCGCCAAGUGCCCUGGCAUCCGCCUCUCUGUCUUCUCCAAUCGGGACAUUCUCUCUAAGAGCAGAGAGAUGGAGGCAGCACUGGCACGGGCAGAUGUGUUCUUCGGCAGCCUUAUCUUCGACUACGAUGAGUGCGAGUGGCUGCAGCAGCGCAUCAAGAGCAUCCCCAUCCGCCUCAUCUUCGAGUCAUCCCUCGAGCUCAUGGCCAUGACCACCCUCGGCAGCUUCGCCAUGGCAGGUGGCAAGAGCCAGGGCAUGCCCGCCCCGGUAAAAGCCGUUCUCUCCAAGUUCGGCGGCGGGCGGGAGGAGGACCGCAUGGUGGGGUACCUGAGCUUCCUCAAGAUCGGCCCCAAGCUGCUGCGCUUCAUCCCGGGCAAGCGCGCGCGGGACCUGCGCAACUGGCUGACGGUGUAUGGGUACUGGAACCAGGGCGGGCUGGUCAACGUGGUCAACAUGUUCCUCUACCUCGCGAAUGAGUACCUGCUGCCAACGGGGAUCACUGCCGCUGCUCCCGUGGAGACUCCGCCUCUUGGGCUGUAUCACCCUGAUUAUGACGGCUACUUCACCUCCUUCAGCGCCUACCUGCGCUGGUUCCGUUCCUCCCAAAAGGACCUUGCCCCGUCCGCGCCAGUGGUGGCGCUGCUGCUGUACCGCAAGCACGUGGUGACGCAGCAGCCCUACAUCCCCCGCCUCAUCUUCUCUUCUCUAGCUCAUCUUCCCCCACUACUUCCCCUCCCCCUUCCCUUCCUUUUCCCCUCCCCCUUCUCUCCCGUUUUCCCCUCCCCCCUCCACCCCUUUCCCAGACGGCUACUUCACCUCCCCAGCGCCUACCUGCGCUGGUUCCGAUCAUCUGAAAAAAAUCUGCCCCCAUCCGCUCCCGUGGUGGCGCUGCUGCUGUAUCGCAAGCACGUGGUGACGCAGCAGCCCUACAUCCCCCGCCUCAUCCGCAUGCUGCAGCAGGCAGGGCUGGUGCCGCUGCCCAUCUUCAUCAAUGGCGUGGAGGCACACACGGUGGACGCUGUGACAGUCGAUGCUGUCGUCAGCACCAUUGGUUUUCCAUUGGUCGGAGGGCCAGCGGGGUCCAUGGAAGGUGGCCGCCAGGCAGAGGUGGCCAAGUCCAUCCUGCUCGCCAAGAACGUGCCCUACGUGGUGGCAGCACCGCUGCUCAUUCAGGACAUUCCCAGCUGGAAGCGCGACGGCGUGCAGGGGCUGCAGUCAGUGGUGCUCUACUCGCUGCCGGAGCUGGACGGUGCCAUUGACGCCGUGCCCCUAGGAGGCCUUGUGGGCGACGGCAUUCACCUGGUGCCAGAGCGAGUGAGGCGCCUGACCUCGCGCCUGUGGAGUUGGAUCAACCUGCGGCGCACAGCAAGAGCAGAGCGCAAAGUGGCCCUGGUGCUGUACGGCUUCCCCCCUGGAGUGGGCGCCACUGGUACUGCCGCCCUGCUCAACGUGCCCAAGUCGCUGGAAGCCCUGCUGCAGAGGUUGCACAAAGAGGGCUACGACCUGGGCCCAGCAGGCGAGGCAAUCGCACGCGGCGAAAUCAACGGUGAGGAUCUGAUCGCGCUGCUGCAGGAGCUGGAUGCGGACAGAGUGGUGUCAGCGGGGGAGAAAGGGCCAGCGCUGGCACUCAAGGCGGUGAAUGAGAAGCUGCAGCGCAGCGAGGACGGCCCCAGGAGCAUCCCGGAGGGGGUGGUGCCCAUGGCAGAGUGCAUCGACUGGCGGCAACUCAGAGACUGGAUCGGGGAGACCCUGACGGGGCGCAUGGAGCGGGCGUGGGGCGAGCUGAGGAAGAUCCGAUCCAUCCACUGCGACUCAGAGGGCAGGAGCGUUGUCAGCGGCAUUCAGCUCGGCAACGUGUGGAUAGGAGUGCAGCCAGUGCUGGGCCUGGAGGGAGACCCCAUGCGCCUGCUGUUUGAGCGUGACCUCACUCCCCACCCCCAGUACGCGGCCUUCUACAAGUGGUUGCAGCAGGGCAUGCAGGCGAAUGCAGUGGUGCACUUCGGCAUGCACGGUACCGUGGAGUGGCUUCCUGGCAGCCCUCUGGGCAACACAGGCCUGUCUUGGUCCGACGUACUGCUGGGUAACCUCCCCAACAUCUACAUCUAUGCGGCCAACAACCCCUCAGAGUCCAUUGUUGCCAAGAGGCGCGGCUACGGCACCAUCGUGUCGUACAACGUGCCGCCCUACGGCAGGGCAGGGCUGUAUAAGGAGCUUGCUGGACUGAGGGAACUGAUCUCAGAGUUCCGGGAGGACCCAGCAAAGAACGAGUCACUCAAGCCGGCCAUAGUGGGUGCGCUGGUGACGGCGGGCAUGCAGGCAGACUGCCCGUUCGUGCCCUCGGAUGGUUCUAGCGGGGGCGAGGCAGUGUUUCUGGACGAGGAGAGCAUCAAGGGGGUGCCGGAGGCGGAGUUUGAGAUGUACCUCGUGAAGCUGUAUGAGUACCUGGCGGUGGUGGAGAACCGUCUGUUUUCGGAGGGGCUGCACAAUCUGGGCCGUCCACCCAAGGAGGAGCAGAUGGAGCAGUACCUCUCAGCUUACUUCGGGGAUGACCUGGAUGACACAGCCAUUGAGGCUGUUGCUCAGACCCAUGGGGACCUGGCUGAGGUUCGGCAGCGCUUAGAGCAGCUGUACCUGAGGGACGGUGUGGCGCCGCCCGCGCGGGAUGCCGAGGUGGACGCACGCGUGGCGGAGGCGGUGAGCAUUCGGCAGCUUCUGGCGCGCAACACAGAGGAGCUCGAUAACGUGCUGCGCGGGCUGGAUGGUGACUAUGUGCCUCCUGCUGUGGGAGGUGACCUGCUGCGAGACGGCCCAGGGGUGCUCCCCACGGGGCGCAACAUCCAUGCGUUGGACCCCUACCGCAUGCCAUCAGCAGCGGCAUGGGAGAGGGGCAGUGCCAUAGCGGCCAACAUAAUACAGCAGCACCUGGACCAGCACGGCACGUACCCUGAGACCGUUGCAGUCAUGCUCUGGGGGCUUGACGCUAUCAAGACGCGCGGCGAGUCUGUUGCCAUAGCCCUCGCACUCGUAGGGGCACACCCCGUGAAGGAGGGCACGGGGCGAGUGGUACGCUUUGACCUUACUCCCCUGGAGCAGCUGGGGCGGCCGAGAGUAGACGUGCUGGCGAACCUCUCAGGCAUCUUCCGAGACAGCUUCGCCAACGUGGUGGAGCUGCUGGACGACCUGUUCCGGCGGGCGGCAGAGGCGGACGAGCCUCCAGAGAUGAACUUCAUCAGAAAGCACUCGCUCGCGCUGCAGGCAGAAGGCAUUGAUGCGUCAACGGCCAGGAUCUUCUCUAAUCCAGCAGGCGAUUACGGAUCAAUGGUCAAUGAGCGCAUCGGUGCAGCUGACUGGGAGAACGGGGAGGAGCUGGGGGACACGUGGCAGUCCAGGAACUCGUUCAGCUAUGGCAGGGGCGAGCAGGGCGUGGCUCGACCAGAGGUGAUGCGCAAGCUGCUGCAAACAACAGACCGCAUAGUGCAGGAGAUAGACAGCGUGGAGUAUGGGCUGACGGACAUCCAGGAGUACUAUGCCAACACGGGCGCCAUGAAGAAUGCUGCUGAGACCGCUCGCAAUGGGGCCAAGGUGUCGUGUAGUGUGGUGGAGACAUAUGGCAAGGACCUUCGCCCGCGCGACCUUGAAGCCACACUGCGACUCGAGUACCGCUCCAAGCUGCUGAACCCCAAGUGGGCGGAGAAGAUGGCAGCGCAGGGCAGCGGGGGCACGUACGAGAUAUCGCAGCGCAUGACAGCGCUUCUGGGGUGGGGCGGCACCACGGGGUUCCAGGAGGACUGGGUGUUCGACCAGGCAGCUGAUACUUAUGCACUAGAUGACGCCAUGGCUGCCAAGCUCAGGAAGAACAACCCCCAGGGCAAGGUGGGCUUUCAUUUUCUGACUCUCCACUUUGUCCCCUUCGGUGUGUUCCAUUGUUCUUGUCCCAUGGACCACUACGGUAUGGCACUGCAGGCGUUCCAGAACAUUCUGAAGCGCAUGCUGGAGGCAGCGGGGCGGGGCAUGUGGCAGGCGAAUGACGAGGUGAUUGAGAAGCUGAGGGAGCUCUAUGCUGAGAUGGACGAUGAGCUUGAAGGGGUGAACAUGGAGGUGACUGAGAAGCUGAGGGAGCUCUAUGCUGAGAUGGAUGAUGAGCUUGAAGGGGUGAAGCUGCGCUAG